AUGCCACCGCUGAGGGACUUCUCUGAUACACCUGCCAUGAGCAUGGCCCCUUCGGCUGGUCAAGAUUUGGAGCUCGGCAGCCACAGUGGGCCAGCGGAGCCCGUGGGCAAACUCUGGGACUCCCCCGGCCAGGAGAAGGUGGACUUCCGUUUUCGCGACGUGCGCUAUAGCGUAGAGGUGUCCAAAACGAAGGCGUCUCUGAUGGGGGGCGAGGCCGGGGUGAAGCAGAUCCUGAAGGGCGUCAGCGGAGCGGUGGAGUCUGGGCAGAUCUUGGCCAUCAUCGGCUCUAGCGGAGCGGGCAAGACAUCCCUGCUCGACGUGCUCGUCGGAAAGGUAUCAGCCGGCACGAAGGGGCUGGACAUCACGGGAGAUGUAACCGUCAACGGGAAGUCGAUGUCCAAGUCCUUCUUCUUGGAGAACGCCGCUUACGUUCCUCAGGAAGACCGCCUGUGGAGUGCUCUCACAGGAGAGUGCAACAAGCGCGUGGACAAGGUGCUCGCCAGCUUGGGGCUCGAGGGAUGCCAGCACACCAAGGUCGGCAACGUCUUUCUUAAGGGUGUUUCCGGCGGCCAGAAGCGGCGCACUUCGAUUGGCGUCGAGCUCGUCGUCCAGCGCAAGAUUCUCUUCCUGGAUGAACCGACGUCAGGACUGGACGCGGCUUCUGCCUCCGAGAUCAUGGCUUUGCUAAAGCGCCUGGCGUCCGAGACCGGUGUGAUCAUCAUCACGAGCGUGCACCAACCGUCCAGCCGCGUGUUCAACAGUUUCGAUCAGGUGAUUCUGUUGACGAUGGGGCAGACGGCCUACUUCGGGCCGGCGGUGGACAGCCUCCAACACUUCGCUAGCUUGGGGCACGAGCCGCAGGGCCUGGUGAACCCGGCAGACUACCUUCUAGAGAUCACCAACUCCGACUUCAGCGAUAAAAAGGCCGUGCAGCGGCUGGCCGAUGUGUGGAAGGAGACGCCGGCGUGCCGAGCGCUAAACGCUCGUAUUGAAGCACCCCUCUCUCCGCCACUGACGGAGGGAUCAAAGGCUGGCUGGUUCUCCGCUGCCCUGCAGCUCCGUGAACUUGUCGCCAGGGCCUCGAUGAACAGCGUGAGGGACCCCGCCGCCUACGCCCUGAGGUACUACCAGGUGGAGAACACCCAGGAGGACAUCCUCAACCGGGUGUUUCUGAUCCUCUGGAUCAAUGCCUUCAACUCGUACAUGGACAUGGCGGCCAUUCCCGUCUUCGAGCAGGAGAAGGACGCGGUGGUGAAAGAAGUACAGAACGGGCAGUACGGGAUAGCGGGGUUCUGUGUCGCCAAUGCGGUCGUGCAAGCUCCCUUCGUGUUGUUGAUCGCGUUGUGCUGCAGCACGCCCGUGUACUGGAUCACUGACAUGAACGACGACCCUGUGAGGUAUCUCCAGUUCGUGCUGGUGAUGUUCCUCAUGCUGUUCGUCGUCGAGAGCCUGGCCCAGCUUGUUGGAGUCGUUGUCAAGAACUUCGUCCUCGGGAUCGCCGUUUUCGCCAGCUUUCUGUCCAUGUUCUUCAUCUUCAACGGGUUCUUCAUCGACCCCGACAACAUGCCCGACUUUUGGCUGUGGCUCUACUGGAUAUCUCCUCUCAGGUACUCGUGGGAGGCGAUGGCGAAGAUCGUCAUCGACGGCCAGACCUACGCAGGGUUGGAUACCUGUGUCACCUGCUACGGCACGACCGGCGAGCAGGUGCUGGACUCGCUUAGCAACGGCGGGACUAACCUUAACGACGUGAGCAUCGCGGCGUGGUGCGGCGCGCUGGUUGGUUUGGCCCUGGUCUGGAGGGUGAUCCACUACGUGGCCCUCAAGCGUUCCAUUUUUUGAAGCCUGACGGCCUCGGGUUCGUGUGACCAUGGGUAUGUGUGAGCUUGUACUUUCGUCCCAUGUGGUCCUGGCACCAAUCUACAACUUCCCUGUAGGCCUUUGCCUUGGGGGAAAGGUAACACGGAUCGUGUAUGGCGGCGAGAUACCAACUGCGUGUGAUUCUUCGUGGCACCAUUUGUCCAGUUGGCGCUGUUGAAGUUGAUGGUGGUGGAUUUGGAGCGCCUAAUCUCGGCACGGUUCCAUUGGCAGCACUCUUGACUAUUUGUCGUGCGGACUCGCAGUCGGCAAUGAUAAUCAUUAUGAUGGCUUCCCCCGAACAGGCGCAGGUGAUUGCGCCCCACCCCCCCAAUCCAAUCCUUCCCAAGGAGCAAGCGCAUUUGAGUUCUACAGUCAGCCUUGCCUUGUUCAGAUGGAAGAACCUGUAUAGCAUAAAAUAACGUGUCUUCGCUUCGCGGCGGCUGCUAGUCUGCAGCCCUAGCCGCUUCGAUAAUAGUCGCCCGACGUUGCGAAAACAGGGUUCUAUAAAUUUGAGGAACGCUGCCAGAGUUCGUUCGGGCCGAGGUUUCCCAUGCGAGAAGGAGGGCUGAGAUAGGUGAUCUCGGGGCGAAACACACAAUAAUGCACUAUCAAUCUUCAACAUUUUUUCUGUGUUGUUCGUUUGCCGAUAUUGGGAGUUGGAAAGAGAGGCAUGGAGUCGGAAUCAAUAUUUCAUUCUUGCCACAAGUAUUUUGUCGUCUACUGUUGUUACUCGUAUGUUGAGGUAGCCGGCAUGUCGUUUCACCUUAUUCUCCCUUCGGACGUGAAAAGGUGCCCGUGAGAUGGAAAAAUGACCACCACAGCAAGCUUCACAGAAGUUGUUUUUGCUUGAGAGGGGGGUGGGGUAUCGCGAGUCUGUCCAAUUUUGAGGUGCACAGGCCCUGUUCUUAUUGUUGUCUGGAUGGGGGCCUCUCUGUUUCCUCUUGUGGUAAUAAGCUGUUUUUUCUGCAUGUUGCUGUUUUUAUCGCCUUCCGGGUUCGAUCGUCCACCAGUCUAUCUUGACUGAGGGUUUUCUGCGUCAACAUAUAAGUUUAGUUUCCGUUCAAUUUUUUGAGGUGUGUGUGUGCCCUUUUGGGGGUAGUUGGUCUGUGACUACAGAAGGGGCCCGAGUCCGGUGGACCAGUAGAUAUUAUUAGAAGGUACGGAGUAGAGACCGGAACGACUUUGAAAUGCGAAGACAACAACCUAACAACAACAAGCCGCAGGUAUUGGUUUUUGAUUCAUAUGACUUUAGUUUUCUGUGUGCGCACCUCAGCGGAGCACGUACGGUGCAGCGGGGAACCUGUGAACUUGCUUGUCUUCUACGGUUGUUUUAUUUUUAUUGUUCUAUUAGGCAUUGUGAUAAAUCAACGCGACGGGUAUCGUCGGCGUUGCCUGUCUGAAGCUGAUUUGUUUUUUGCGGGUUUAUUUACAUAGCUGUUGGCUGAGUGUACUGCGUUGUUGGUAGAUCACCAACCGACGGCGGAUGGAAACAAGAAAAGGAACACAAC